GAAGUCCACAGCACGCUUUUAGUGUCAGCAGUAGCCCAGCUCCCAGCAACAGCUGGCACAUACCCUCCCCUACAUGCAAGCUGGGCGGGAACUGUCUGCAGAACCUCUCUGUCCUUAACCCUGUGUGCCCUCACUGUGCUAACACUCUCCUCUGACUUUAAUCUCUUUCUAUGUAUUUGUUUGCAUUCACCCCUAUCCUUGCGGCAUGCUGUUAUUUGUAGCUGUCACAAGCUCUCCGAAAGCUUUCCAGCCUUGCAUUGUUCCGCAACAUUUCACAUUGGCAGCAAGGGAGGAGGAAAGCUGCACUUGUGCUAGAUAUCUGAAGACCACCAGCUCCUGGAAUAGACAUUCUGCUUACAGCCAGGGAGAACCAGUUACUAACUAAAAAUUUCCAGCAAAGACUGGCACAGACUGUGGGCAUACUAAAGGACAAGCCAGAACUGCCAUGCGUUUCUGCAAAGGGUUUGCUGUGUUCCUGUGGAUUGUAACGUGAGUCUCAGACUGGAUCCUGAUGUGACUUCUCAGCAUUCCCAAAUGAUUACUUUCCCCGCACUACCGUUGCAGCAAGCAUUUACCAUCAUGUCUGGAAUGAUUGUUACAAAAAAAGGCUUAUUUGUGUCCUCUGUGACCCAGUUGUGAGACAAGAAAGCUGACCCUGCACGCCGUUGUGCUGGAAUGCAUUGUGCCCUGCUUUUAACAGACAGCUGGAUAUAAAGUCGUGUGUCUAUAUCCGCUCCAGCCUCCUGCUUCUCACAGUUGUUGCCUUUUAGCCUGGGCACAAGUUUCACUGACCUAAGGAUGUCUCCUUUCUGCUGCCUCUUAACCCUUGCCUGCAUGUGGCAAAUGCUGGCGAUGGCCCCGGCUCUGGAAAUGGGAUUAUAUGACGUGGAGAGGGGAAGAGAAGCUAAAUGUGAGCCCAUUCAGAUUCCAAUGUGCCAGGGCAUUGGCUACAACAUGACUAGGAUGCCCAACUACGUUGGCCACGAGUCUCAGGCAGAGGCUGCAGAGAAGCUAGAUGAGUUUGCCACCCUUGUGCAGUAUGGCUGUCACGUUCACCUUCGUUUUUUCCUCUGCUCCCUUUAUGCUCCCAUGUGUACUGAGCAGGUGUCCACCUCCAUUCCGGCCUGCAAGCCCAUGUGUGAGAGUGCACGGCAGAAGUGUGCCCCCAUAAUGGAGCGCUUUCAUUUUGGUUGGCCAGAGUCUUUGGAUUGUGACCGUCUUCCCAGUAAAAAUGACCCUAAUGCAUUGUGUAUGGAGGCUCCUGAGAAUGCCACAAAUGGAGACCCUCAAACGAAUGGCCAGGGCAUGCUCCCUGUGGCUCCACGGCCUCUGCCUCCAUCAGGGGCUGGGAUGGGUGUCCCCAGUCGAUGUGCCAAUCCUGACAAAUUCCUAUAUGUGGAGAGGAGCGGAGUGUGUGCCCCAAGGUGCACCCCUGGUGUGGAUGUCUACUGGUCCUCAAGUGAUAAGGACUUUGCCUUGGUGUGGAUGGCGGCCUGGUCUGGUCUGUGCUUUAUCUCCACAGCCUUCACUGUACUGACCUUUUUAUUACAUCCUCAACGCUUUCAGUACCCUGAGAGGCCAAUUAUCUUUCUCAGCAUGUGUUACAAUGUCUACUCUACUGCAUUUCUCAUCCGUGCUGCAGCCGGGGCACCCAGUAUAGCUUGUGACCGUGAAGGUGGCGCCCCCUACCUGAUCCGAGAGGGUCUGGAAAGUAGUGGCUGCACACUUGUCUUUCUCAUAUUAUACUAUUUUGGCAUGGCCAGCUCACUGUGGUGGGUGGUAUUAACCCUCACUUGGUUCCUGGCUGCGAGUAAAAAGUGGGGUCAUGAAGCAAUUGAGUCCCACGGUAGUUACUUUCAUUUAGCUGCUUGGGGUAUUCCAGCUGUAAAGACCAUUAUCAUACUCACAAUGCGUAAAGUGGGGGGAGAUGAGCUGACUGGACUAUGCUAUGUUGGAGGAUCAGAUCCCAGUGCCCUAAUGGGAUUCGUCCUUGUGCCACUUUCGUGCUACUUGGUGAUUGGCACAUCAUUUCUGCUAACAGGCUUCGUUGCCCUCUUCCAUAUCCGACGUGUCAUGAAAACUGGGGGUACCAAUACAGAGAAAUUAGAGAAACUGAUGGUUAAAAUUGGAGUAUUCUCUAUUCUCUAUACUGUCCCAGCCACCUGUAUCAUUGUUUGUUGCUUUUAUGAACGUCUUAAUUUGGCUCACUGGGAGACACGAGCACGGGAAGAGCCCUGCAGGACAGCAGCUGGAAGUUCCAGGCCAGACUGUACUUUGCCUGUUUCCAUCCCCAGUGUAGCAGUCUUCAUGCUCAAGAUCUUCAUGUCAUUGGCUGUGGGCAUAACUAGUGGCGUGUGGGUAUGGAGUUCAAAGACACUGCAGGCCUGGCAGGGAAUCCUGUGCCAGCGCCGACUUGGGGUGGUGGGAACCAGGACUCGAGGGAAGCCUCGCAGUGGAGGGGGUAUUGCCUGUAGCUUGGGGAGCUGCCCGUACAAGCCACCACCACUUACUCUUCAGGUUGCAAAAACUGACCUCUUCAUUGACUGCCCAACACAUGUGUGAAUCAAAAGAUAGUAGUUAUAGGGGGGAUUAUGUGUUGAACAUGCAACAGGGAAAUGCAUUUACCUCUACAGCAAGCAUGUUUUAAUUGCUUAUCAAGGAUGGAAUUGCAGAUGACUUGUCAAAGGAUCAGCUGUUAAUGUGAGAAUGGAGUGAGGUUUUACAGUUUUCUAGCGAAUUGAUGAUGAAGUGCAACAUAUAAGUGGAAUAUGGCAAGGAGAAUGGGCACCUUGCCUACACAUUUCAAAGCAGAGGGAUAAUAUAUUUUGAUGACACCUGCAGGGAAAUUGUUAUUGUUCCAGUUACAGAGACAUUAUAGAGAUGCUCUGUUUCUAAUACCCUUGUUGGCUGCUUUUAGCUGAACUCUGAACCUUUAAGCAGCUGUUUUGGGAGCUCAGCCCCCUCCCUCCUAGUCCCAUAGCAAAAAAUACACAGAUUGGUGCCUAUAUGACUUAUCCAGUUUAUCUCACCAUCUCCAGGGACCUGAGAAUCCUGCUCUGGUAAUGUUCUACUGUGUAGUUUUGGUUGCAGACAUAGUGCUAUUCAUUGCUUCUCUGACAAUCAAGACUGUACAGCUUCUGUAUUGAAAAGGUCACCAGCAGCCAGCUCUUAAGAUUAAUCUAAUGGAGCACUGGCAUUUCAGCCAGUGGAUCAGUACUUCUCACAGAUUUAUCUGUGCGGUAAACAAUGAUGUACUUAAUUGUUUAACUGCCUAAUGCAGAGUUUCUCUUCCUUGCUUAAGCACAAAGUUACCAAUGAAAUGGGAGUAUUGACUAAAAAACAUAUAAGGGAAUUUCUUUCUAGCCGUGUGAACAAAAGUGCAAUACAGUUACUAGAUGGGUUUUGUCCAUCCAUUCAUUAGUGAAGUGCUAAAUGGGUUCAAUAUUUAAAUGCAUUUGCAGUGAGUUUCCUUAUUACGUUUUCAGGAGAACAGUUGAAAGAGAUAAUUGGGGGAAUUCAAUUGUUUGAAAAGUCAGUUGGGUGUCUGUUUUUUCCUAACAAUUGAAUACCGCCCAAUGUGUCAAAUCUAUGCUGCCUUGAAGAGUCAUCUUCUGUUUCCAGUGUUACUCUACAGCAGUAGUUCUCAAACUCGGUCCUCAGGACCCCACACAGUGCAUGUUUUGUAGGUAACCCAGCAAGUGCACAGGUGUAUUAAUUACUCACUGACACAUUUUAAAAGAUCCACAGGUGGAGCUAAUUAUUUCACUUGUGAUCUGUGAGGAGACCUGCAAAACAUGCACUGUGUGGGGUCCUGAGGACCGAGUUUGAGAACCUGUGCUCUACAGAAUGCAUAUAUCAUACCAACCUUAUUCUAUGCUGUUAGCACACAGUUUAGCAUAAAUUAAAAGGUUAAAGGUUUUCCAAUAUUAAGUGAAGGAGUACCAUUGCUUCAUCAUUGCAGUGUCUUAAAGUCAUGUAGGAAAUAUAGAAACAUUUAUUGUAUUCACUUUUAUCAUAUCAGUGGUAGGCAAUCCAUGCCUCUUCAACUGUUACGGGACUACACAUCCACACAUGCUCAGAUAGCCUCCUGGGACCUGUAGUUCCACAUCAGCUGGGGAGUUAUUGUACAUGUUGCCUACGGCUGAUAUUAAAGUAACAUAAGGGCAUUGAAAUCACACAAGUCUGUCAUCCCUUCUGAUAUACUAAUUGUGUGAUAGAAUUGGACACAAUACACCACACAGACAUUGUAUCAUUAGUGUGACCUGACCUGCUUAAAACUACAUUUGUCAGUAUUGAAUUUUAGCAGCACGUUAUAUUAACCAAUGCAGAGUAACAGUAGUUUUUCUUUGUGUUGUGAAUAUAGUUAUUGUUGAUUAUGGGCUGGCUGGCAUAUUAACAUUAUUGUUUUUUGUCUGCUAAUGUGAAAGCCACUUGCAUAGUGAAUAGUGUAAGUGAUAAAAUUGUGGAAAAUAUACAACUAUAAUGAAGGCCAAAGUGCCUAAAUCUCUUAUACGUUGCAUUACUAUGCUAUAUUCAUUUUUAUUUGUACACAGAGCCUUCAUAGUAAUGGCUCUUCUAACUAGCAUGCAGGUUACCCCCUUCCAAAAUUAGUUGCAUUAUACAUUAUAUAUGAAAUGGCAAAAUAUUACAGGAAAGCUUAAAUAUAGAAAUUGCAACAGAAACAAAUUACAACCUCUAAAUACAAGUCAAAACAAGUGGAACAGAGUUCCCUGGCAUUGUGAGCUUACAGUCUAAUAGAGUUCCCUGGCCUUGUGAGCUUACAGUCCAAGUGAAUGAUCAGAACAGGUGAGAAAUAUAUCAGGUGGCGAGAAAUGCCUGUACUAUAAAUGUGAUGAAACGUACCCUCCUGAGCUCCAGCGACUUUUAUUUAAAUAUUAUUUAUAAAGCAAUAUUAUGCCUGCCAGCCCAUACCAUAAGUGCAGUCUUCUGAAUGAAUAAGGUAACAGCAAGUUUAUUGAGGAGACUGCAAUAGAUCAUCUUAAAAGCUAUGUAACCAGUAGACAUGAAAAGAAUUUAGAUGGUGUAUUAUGAAACAAAAUCUGUUCUGUAUACUGCGUCUGACAUGUCCCGUGCAGCUUUUCUUUAUACAUAUUUCAUAAUAUCCAAUGCUCUAAUGUGCACUGCGAGCAGAGAUGAACAGAUAGAUGAAUCAUAUAUUUUUAUGUUGUAUAGUGAUUGAAGUGAUUCUCUGUAGAUGGUUGGCAAGGAAGAACCGUUACAUUCGUUUCAUUUCUUCCAAACACUUUACAAGUUUUCAAUGAAAUUUUGCGUUUAAAAGUGUAAGAAAGAGCUGCUUCAUAUGAUGUCUGGGGAACCACAUCAAUAAUAUCAGAGGGGUCGGUGAGACUUGCUCUUCCACAAGAAGUAUUGAAUUGAAAAGAGGUAUAACUUCUAUCACUAUAAAGCAAAUGUCCUAGUUGAAAUGAUGGAGUCCCUAUUGCGUUAGUAGCAGUGAAUUUCCUUAUUGAGUGCCAAAGAGUAUUAUGGUCUGAUUAUAGAAACACAGAAUUCUUUUUUUUCUUCAGUUUAUAAAAAUGGCUUUCCACCCAAAGAAUGUGUGAUACAUUGUGAUAAUAUGAUUGGAUUAGACCAAUUUCAAAUAAUUUGGAGCAUAAACUGUUCUUUUUUAAUGUAUAUUAUUUUGUAAUUACCUUGGGAAUUGUUAUAAAUAUCUAUAUAUUUCCUUAAGUAAUCUAUUAUAUUAUUGAGAUGAAAUGUUUAUUUCUGUAGGAAAUGUUGCAUCAUCUGAAUAUUAUUUAUUAUUAUGUCCUAGCAUCCUGCAGGCUAUGAAGGAGCUUAAGUCAUAGCUUAACAGAUUUCCUAUACAGAGAACUCAUCAAACAGAUGAAUUAGUAAAUGGUGAAACACCAUGUUAGUGGUUCAUAAAAUACCUGCUUACACUCCUGGUAUGUCUGUGAGACUCAAUAAUAUUGGGGCAUUUUCCCAGUUCCCCGGUGAAUGUCAGCCACCCUCCGAAAUGUUGUCCACUUCCCCUAGAAAACGGCGGAUUGGGGCCCUGAUGAUGACAUUUUCUGCGAAACGCAUCAUCCAUCAUAGCCCUUCACCGCUGCACAAAGACUAAAAUUGCGUGGGUGGGGCCAUAAUGACGUAAAUUGCAUCAUCAUGUACCCUGAUCUUUACCCUUGGACAUACCCUCCAAAAUCCCAGAGGGGGGGUGGUCCCAAAAAGCAGUCAAAACUGGUUCAUAAUGAAUUGAUAGGUAAAAUUCUUUUAAAUAUGCUUCAAAGUUACAGCCUCUCUGUUGGUGACAGGUGCUCUUGAAAUCUCCCCAUAGACAAUAAUAGCAACAAGUAACAUCAGCAGACUUUAGAAGUUCCUGUACUUCAUCAAAUAAAAUGUGUGUGCAUAGCUGUGAGGGAUGCAUCUAGCAACAGGGAAUGUAUAUUCACUCUGAUUUGCAGAAAAAGUACACAAUAAAUAGUAAUUAAAAUGGAGCAGUAGUUUCUCUGUCUAUACAAACGACAGUGUAUUUAGGAAUUAUUACUUUCUAUGUCUGUAUGGCAUUUUGUGUGGAGACAUGCAUAGAAGAAUAUAUAAUAAAGGUGAACUCUACUUUCAGAGCCUUUCACUGUCCAGACAGAUUUGCUCAUGCUCCGUUGCCAUGGAUACGGCAAUAGAUGAGCUCAGGUCAGUGCAAUAUAAUUGAACAAUUAUCUAUAUAGCGAAAAACAAGCACAUUUACAUGGUGUAGAAAAUUCUCCCCUAUAAAUACUCCCCAAAGGUUUCUAGAAACAUCGUUGUAUUUGCUCUGUCACAUUAUUUUGCCAGGCGUAUAGUGGAAGAAAGGAGAUCCAUGCUCCGUAGAUAUAGAAAGUUACAUUGACCUUUAGUUUAUAUGGGUGCACCACUCCUUAAGCACAUACAUUUCAUAGAAAUGUCACUAUGGGGACGAUUCCAUUAAUUGCACGCUCCUGUUGUAGCUUUUCCCCAUGUGCUUCUAUGCACAUUUGUGGCAGUUACUGCCAUGGUAUCAUCGGAUAUUGCUUAUUGUUGGUCCAAGCAAAAAUAACCUGUGUUUACUGACAUUAAUGCCUUGUGGAGAUACACACGGGCAGCUAGACCAAUGAGCUAUAUUCUUGUUAUCACUUGUUACAAAUGUUACAUGGUGCGCCAACCAAUCAGCUCCUGUCAUUUUUCAAACAGAUGACAGUUAGGAGAUGAUUGGCUGGAGCACCAUUUAAGAUUCGUACCAAGGGAUAAAAAGAAUAUCACUCGUUGUUAAAUCUGGCCCUUAGUACAAGGUUACAAUGGGACCUCAAACUUAAUUGAAUCAGCCCUUGCAGAACUAAGAAAAGAAUAUUCCGUUUUACUGCAUCCUUUUGGCAAUCCGGCCGUUUCUAUUGGUAACAAAUGGUCUCAGUUGUAGCUGGAAUGUAAGUUUGCUAAGCUAGUAACUUAUGCUGGGCAUACACAGGCAGACCGAUUGGCAUUUUAUCUGACAUUGCAGAUUUCGCAGGCACACACUGUGAGAUCUAUCACAGUGUAUUGGCCAUGGUAUCGGCGCUCCGCUCUCGGGGAGGAGGCUUUUCACCGUUCUUUCCCAUGUGAAGAAACGAGGAAAAUGUCUGUCGGUCGGCCGUGGUAGGACACACACUGUCUGAUGUGGCCGACAUGACGCUUUGAAAAUAUCAAGUAGGACGGACAAGCUGUUUUAUCCGGAAUGUAUGACCGAUCGAUAUUACUGGAUCGGUCGCCCUCAUACACGUUGCAAUUAUCUGGCCAUUUCGCUAAUAUGGGGUGUUUCAACCAGAUAAUAGCGUGUAUGCCCAGCAUUAGUAAAACCUAGGGGUUGCACAUUUUCUUGGUGAGAAAAGAAAGGGAAAGCUGAUUGGCCAAAACAGUACUCUUCACCCAAACACCAUGCUCAUCAUGGAGAUAGGGUAGUGACUAUCUAGUCUACAAACAGUGGAGGCUGUGAUCUAAAGCAAUAUUUAGCAUGGAAAUUGCAUCUCACCAGUUCCUUAGGGACUGGAUCAGCUACAUUUUCAUGUGUCUCCUGUGUGUAGAGAGCCGUACAAUAGUACAAGAUAUACAAGAUAGAUGUGAAUUAAUAGGUACCAAGGAGCAGUGCUAGAUUGUAACAUUGUUCUCCAUUUGUCUAUCAGGGAAAGGGGUUACAUACUGCAGCUGUCACUACAGAUCUAUAUAUAAAUAUAUAUAUAUAUAUUUUUGGAUUUGCAUUAUAAAAAUAGUACUGGUUUUCUAAAGUACUGACUAUAAAAGUAAUAUUGAGAAAGGUAAUUUAAUUAUGUAAUUUAUUCUUGAACUGUCAGAGUUUUGAUUUAACGGUUUAAUAAACUGACGUUUGUGUGAUAA